CAGCAGGAGGCCGUUCAGAGAUCCAGCAGCUGGUAGUGAGUUGUGAGAGCGCCGAGCAGGCAGCAGCAGACGGUCAACACUGCACACACAUCUCCAGCUCCAUGUGAGAAAAACCCCGAGCCGUCAACUCUCCAGGCAACAGAAAAACAUGCUGUUCGGACGCCUGACGUGUGACGACGCUGGCUUUUGAGUCCUCUCUGUCGCCUGGUUUUCAUUUUGGAGGAUUCCUCCCUCCAUCCCUCCGAAUCGCACCGAACAGGCAAUGACAACGGUCUCAGCAACCCCGCAGCAGAUGAAGGACCGGCUGCUGCAGGCCGUCGACAGUCACAGCAAUAUUUGCAAUAUGGUGGCUGUAUUGGAUGUAAUUACCAGUCUAGAAAAGUAUCCUAUCACCAAAGAAGCACUUGAGGAAACCCGACUAGGAAAAUUGAUCAAUGAUGUGAGGAAGAAGACCAAGGAUGAAGACCUUGCCAAGCGUGCAAAGAAACUCCUAAGGAACUGGCAAAAGCUGAUUGAACCUGGGACAUCUGUUGGUGCAAGUGCCCCUGGGUCUACCAAUGGCAGUUCCCUUCCCUGCAGAACAGACACCGCUCCUCCUGACAUUUCUGUGACUGGGAAAGGUGUCCCUGAAGUCAAAAUCAGAAUUGAUGUUCACAACACGUACUCGCCAAAAGCGGAAAAAUCAGGUAGCCGCAAACGGAGAGCAGAGAACAGAGACAGUGGCGUGCACUUACCUGAGAAAAUCUCCAAGCUGUCUUCUUAUGAAAACUCUGUUUCACCACCACCCACUAAUGGCAUUGCAGGUAGUCCUGAUCCCCUGCUGCUGGAUCUGCAAGUCAUCCCGUCUCCUGACAGAUCACGGUUAGAGCCCCUUGAUAAUGACAAAAUCAACAGAAUUCCUGUUAAUGCGGUCAAACCUCGCCCCAGCUUCCCUGGGGUGGCCAAACUACCUAGCACUUCCUCUAUGAUCAAGGCUGCCGUAAUGCAGCAACAGGCCAGAUUGGAUGAAGGGGGAGGAGGGGCUUAUUAUCAAGCCAAAAGUCCUCGUGGUCUCACCACCAGUCCAAGGAGCAUGAAACAGGACACAGUGACCAAGCGCUCCUCAGCAUAUGCACCAAAAGCAACACCCACCCCAAGCCCUUCCUCCAGGGACUCUCCCUUGUCUUUGCCCCAGCCUGUAUCCACCCCAGCCCAAGCCUCUUACGCUGACAAGCUGCCACAUUCUUCUCAUAGGUCUUCAAUGCACUGGGCUGGUUUGUCAGAAGUCCCUUCUCAUUGCCCACCACAAGACAUAUCUGCAACACUGGAAUCUCCAACUGUCUCCCCUUCGCCUUCCCACCCUCAACAUAACUCAGAACUGCACAGACCAGCAUCUGAGGCAGCCAUGUCUGUGUCUGAUGACACGGACGCGGCAACCAUCUCACACUUGGAGCAUAAAAGGAGGAAGUACAGAUCAAGAGACUUCUCUGUCAACUUAGAUGGCCAGAAAAUAGAGGACUCGACUAAGCCUGUACGGUUAAAAGAACGCAGACUUACAUUUGAUCCUGUCACAGGUCAGAUCAAACCUCUGGUACAUAAAGAACCUUCUCAAUCGGAGGAAGCCCCAACUCCUGACCAUGCUGAAUCUAGGAAGAGAACUGAAAGCACUGUUCAACAGCCCCCUAUUCCGGUCCCUGUCCCUGCCAAAACCUUAGCCCCUGCCUCUGCCCCAGGUCCAGGUCCCAGCGCUAACCCUUUCCAUCAAACAAACUGGAAAGAGCUGUCCAGAAAUGAAAUCAUCCAGUCCUACUUGAACCUUCAGAGCAAUGUGCUCACCUCCUCAGGGGUCCAAGCCCCCAGUGCACACUUUUUCAUGUCAGAGUAUUUGAAAAGGAAAGAACAGGAGAUCAAGGACUCGAGGGAGAUUCAUGUUCUGCAGACGGACAGCUCAGUAGGGGAUUUACCAGGUUUGAGCAGGGAGGUGACGGACGAGGACCUGGGCAGGAUACACACACAGCACUGGCCGGGGGUGAAUGGUUGCUGUGACACCAAGGGCAACUGGUAUGAUUGGACAGAGUGCAUAUCAUUGGACCCUCAUGGGGAUGAAAGCAAAUUGAACAUCCUGCCAUAUGUUUGCCUAGACUGAGGGGUUUGGGAAGGUUUGCUGUCCUUUUCCACUCCUUUUCGCUGUCUCCACACAGAGACAAAAUAAUUUGUGAUUUUUGUUUGUCCACUGUGAGUUUGGCAAACGUCAGGCCUGCUAAACUCCUACCCGAACCAACUCCGGCCCAUGCCUCUUCCUCUUUCUGUGAUAAUCCAUUGAGAUGUUGGUAUAAAAAUAGUAAAGAUUAAAAUAAUAGUUGAGUUUGUAAUACCAAGGGCUGUUUCUGUUUUAUUUUUCUAAAUGAAAGUCGCAGGAAUGAAGAAUCCCUUGCUGUAGAGCACUGGUACUACCACUGAAGGCAAGAAAGAGAGGACAGGUUUAUCCCAGAAAAACCUGAAAUGUUGUUACGAUGUGGAUUUUCAAUGUUCUGUGUUUCAGGUUUACUGGGGUGAUAAUGUUUUCUUUUUUUUUGACUGUGAGGAAUUACAAUCUAGGGUUAAAUUUGAGGGAAGGCUGGGGUUUAGCUGUCCUGUGCAGUCUGCCAUGUUGGUGCCCAGAGAGGUGUUGAUGAGUUUAUCUAGCACAGAUAGAGCUGACCAUGUCCAGAGUAUGAAGUACUGGACCAUUUUUGGCAGUUACAAGAAGCUUUAUGUGAGAUAUUAAGAGUAAAUUAUAAAUUUCUUAUCAUGUAUACAUCUAUUUAUUUUUGAUCAGUUCAUUUAUGGGACGUCCACGCACACAGAUGUUCAGACGCCUUUAGAUGUUUCCCAUGUUUUUCCGGUUUGCAUCGCAGUGUUGUCAGCCUAAUCUUUCAUGUUAAAGGGGCAUACAGAUUUGUUGUUGCAUGGUCUUUCUUAUAGAUCGGCUAAUGCAUUUGGUCAUUAACAUUCCAUACUCCACCCACUUUCACUCUUCUCCUUCAUCACACAGCACCCAUAUGUCCAGGGCAUCUCAAACAGAAAUGUGUUUAAAGAUCACAGGGUUUCAUUAAAAUAAUCUGUUGUUACUUCAACAUUUAUUCAGUGUAGGUGAAAACAUUCACGGUUCUCUUCUAAGCUUAAAAAUGUAAAGAAUGUAAAUCCGAUGGUGCUGAUCAAAAAUUGCAUUGUAUUUUCAAAAACAAAAAGAUAUUUAAAUGACGGGACUCACUUUGUUUCCAUUCCUUUAGAUUGUUUGCCUUCUGGAAAACUUCCCCAUAUUUUUCUGAGUUAAAACGCCUUAGUGAAUGUACAGGAUUGAGACUCCUUAAGCACUUGUACAUACUUUUACAACUUGUUGGUCAUUUCAUUACUGACUUAAUCAAGUGUGAAUAGUGACUGAUACUACAUCUAUUACUGUGCCCAUAGUUUAUUCAGAGGUUAAGAUGCAUUUAACAUUUUUGCGGCUGCUUCCGAGAGUUUGGAAACACUUUUUCGGGGCUGAGCGCAGUAGCAUUUCCUUUGUUCAAUUUUUAUUUUUAUUUUUACAAACAUACGUCAAACAUUAACGAGAGAGAGAGAAAAGCUGUGUGCAUCAGAUGUUCUUGGCAUUCUCCAUGUGACAACUAAAUCUUCUGAUUUCCCUUUAUACUCAUCAGUUCCUACCACUUCUUCUCACAUGACAUACAUUAAGACUGGCUUCUGUGCAGCCUCUCUGUCCAUACAUUAUUUCAGUCAUUCAUCCCUACCAAUGUGCCUUGGUAAAUGGUAAAUCUGGAUUUGUUUCUGCAUAACAAACUGUGCUGUCUGUAGAGCGGGGUUGAUGUGCAAGAAUUCCAAAUCCGGUGAUCAACACAAUGCUGGUAUAUGCACCAUUUCUGUUACUUUUUGUACACACUGAUCUAGCGAGGGUGAAGCUGCAGACAAUGAGAAACUGCACAACAGCACAGCUGGCAAUAAAGGAAAAAGUGCUACAACUGGUUGAUAAGAAUCUGUUUUCUGGAGUUUCGAUUGGGGCAUCUUUAUUUGUUCAGUGUUUAACAUCUCUCGAUUGUUUGAAAAAUAAAAUGAUCUAAAUCUUCA